AUGCUUAGAAGCGGAGAAGAUCUUGAAGAAGUACGACAAAUAUCAACACAAGAAAUUAAAAGAAUCCCUAAAAUGAAUAAAAUUGUCCCAAUUAAUGAUUCGGAGGCAGCUCCAAAAGAAGCUGAAAGCCAACCCAGAAUUGAAGACCAUGAAGAAAAGUUAUGCAGGAUUUGUAUGGAACCAGGAAGAGGCAGUAGAAAUUUAAUUUCUCCUUGCCGCUGUUCAGGUUCUGUAAAAUAUAUCCAUGAAAUUUGUCUAAAAACUUGGCUUGUUUCACAAACUGAAGAUAUUGCUGAAGCAAAAUGCGAGUUAUGUAAAGAAAAAUUUGACAUGGAAUUUAAAAUCGAAAAAGUUUGUGUUCCAACUGAAUACUGCAGACAAGGAGCUAUUCAGUGCUUGUUUGUGCCUUUAUUACUGAUAGUUAUGGGCAUGCUUUUUAUUGUUGCCUAUUUGCUUUCUGAUAAAUAUUUAUCAAAUGCAGAUACACAAGAGAAAGGGUACAUUAUUGCUUUAAUUGUUACAUGUGGUAUUUCUGGCUUUGUAAUCCUAGUUCUUAUCCUUAACUCCUUAAGAGAAACUUGCACAACUUCAAAACUGACUGAGUGAGUAAUUUUAUCCAAGAACUUCGAAAACGAGCCUGCACAAGCUAGUGAAAAAGAUGAAAAAUCAAGAGACGAAACUUUAUUGGAUAGAACUGUACAAAUUCAAGUAGCAGCAAUAGGCGAUUCCAAUGAGAAGGACGAAGAUGAUUUGCUUGAAAGAAGUAUUCAGAUGAGACCUGUCAUUAUGGUUGUUCCGAAAAAUUUGAAAAUUGGGAAUAAAAAAGUAAAAACGCCAAUUUUGGAUCCUCCAAUGGUCCCAGUUUUCAAGUAUGGAAGACUAAAGGCAUUUACUCCAAAAUAUAUGACACCUACUGGGAGCAUUUCUCCUAUGAUGAGUUUAAAUUUAAAUGGAGCUUCAAACACUGAUCCUUUCCAUUUCAAAGAGCCAGGAAGUCCACAAUAUCAUAUGGUUUCUUCUAAAGCGCCCUUUCUGAAUUCAAUAGAAAUCUCGAUAUAG